ACCCGAAGGGGAAAUCUAUCCAAGUACGCAUUCUUGAUCAAUCCAGGAGUAAUCCCUAAUAUAUUACAGCCAACCAACAUCGCGACAUCAAACUGCCCAACAAGCCAUCGAUGCCGCAAUGCGAGCGAAAGAAGAAUCGAGGAGACACCCCACAAGAAUGCAAAUGAAUACGGAGACGCCGCUAGCACCUCGGAUUGAGUUAGAUGAGGAAAUGAUUGAGCUUGCCGAGGCGCAACGAAACAUGGAGCUGGAACAAAUAGAUCAUGAGUUCCAGGGAGAUGAAAGUGGAAGACACCUUGCAAGGUUGAACGUGAAUAUGCGCAUGGAGAGAAGCGGGUUUCCGGUUGACCCAAAUCAAGGGGAGAAAGACCUUGCAGGAGUGCACAGAAAUACGGAGACAAGUCCAAUGGAGUUUUCAAGAGGGCAAAGAGAUGCGGGGAUAAGGCCAAUGCAGCAUGGGGUUGAGGAAGACGAGAGACUCCUCGAAAUACGCGAAAGGUGGCUAGCUUUGCAGCGAAUGAAGUUUGAGCUUGAGGAAGCGAAGUUUGAGCUUGAGAAAAGGAGGCUUGAGAUUGAGAUUGAGAAGCUUGAGAUUGAGAAAGAGAGGCUUGAUGUCGAGAUAAAGAUCGAGGAAGUAGAAAAACAGCUGGAUGCACUGCGGAGGCAACAGGUGUGAACUUUGUUAUAAGGUAGGUUGGAAAUGAUGGAUAUCAGCUAGACACCGUGUGCAAUUUGAACUGAUUGAGAAUGUC